UUCCCACACUUAGCUAUAUAAAACGGAAGCGCUGGAGGCGGUCCAGCAUUGCAUCCCGUAACCGCGAGGCAAGCUCAUCUCUUUCCCCCCUUCUUCUUCUUCUCCCAAGAUUCUGUUACGACGCCAGCACACCCACGCAGCAGGCAUGCAGUUGAGUGUAGUGCUCGUGGUGAUCUCUAUCAUAAUGGGAUACAGCAACGCCUGCUUCAUCACCAACUGUCCCCCAGGGGGCAAAAGGUCAAUGCCCUCCUCCCACAUCGGUCAUACGCGCACUUGCACCUCCUGCGGCCCAGGACUUCAGGGGCGAUGCCUAGGACCUGAGAUCUGUUGCGGCGAGACCAUCGGCUGCUUCCUUGGUACCAGGGAAUCCCAGAUCUGUCGGACAGAGAACCUCAUCCCAGUCACUUGUAACAACUCCGACCUCAAGACCUGCGGCGUUUCCAGAUCCGGCCACUGCUCUGCUGUCGGUCUGUGCUGCACUGAAGCCAAAUGCGAGUUCGACAUCAACUGCAUUUCGGAAGGGUCCCAGAUAGGCAGGCGGUUACCCUUCGGCUCACCUGACUCUGAAGACCAAUGGAACCUGUGAUUGCCCACGGGACAACCUGCGUUGUUUCGUCAGUAUAGGGCCUCCUCGUCAUUCUCGCCAGAAAUUCGGGUUUCGUGGGUUGAUGUAGACAUGCUAUACUCUCCAUAGUGGGUGCUAGGGUGUUGUGGAUGGGUGGGUGGGCGGCUUUUAAAAAAUAAAUAACUGAAGUUCGUAAACACAUUGGUGGUGAUAAGUAACGAAAAUUUGUGUUCUCAUUUUCUAAAUGUUUAAAAGGGAGUGUUUUAUUGUUUUUUUGCUUUUAAUUAUGCAAUUUGGGCAGUUUUUUCUAUCCGGAUCUUAAGAAAAUCCAAAUUUUGCAUUUGGACAAACUUUUAUUUAUUUAUUUGUGAAAUCAUAGUUUUUGACUUUGUAUCCUAAUUUUUUCAUGGCAUAUCUUUUCUUGAACUCAGAGAUACUAAGAUAUUACAUCAUUUUAAGAUAUUUCAUGGCUAUGAAGAAUCUUUUAGACAAGUAAUAAUAAGAACAUCUUUGGAUGAUAUCUAAGGGAUCUAAAACACGAGUUCUAAGUAACAUCUAAAGAAGAAGAGAAGAUUAAAAAAAACACAACGCCAUCUAUUGUCAAUUUUUUCUUAGCUGAACCUCUCGCCGCCAAAGAAGUUAUAUUGACCACCCUACUUUUAUGAGAGCUUCUUCGUCAGUGCGUCAAGAUAUAACGAAAUACGCCACAUAACGAAAAACAAUCAAUGGUAAUCUUCUACUAAAAAGAGAGAGAAAAUAUCUCACCUGAGUAUUGUAACAAUCAACAUGACUCCUACGAAAUUCCAGCGCCCAGCCCGCGGCGAUCUUUUGAUAUUGUGUAAAUAACUUGUUCCUGGGACUUUCUUCAAUAUUCUCUGUUUGUUGAAUGCAAUAAAGAAACAAUACACACACAAAAAAUCACCUUUUCUUGGCUUUUCCAUCAGAUUUCCCGCUUCUUCUUUAUCCGACAUGUACUAUGGAAACUCACUAGUACUUGAAAUCGUGCAACAGAGAUGGAGCUUAGAGCUUAGUAUGGUAUAUAAUAUUAUGUUUCCCGGUCACAAUAAACGUUGUAGAAUUCUUCAGGGUCAUAUACUCUCUCUCUCUCUCUCUCAAAAUCACAUUCAGUGGAAUACUUUGGUAGGCUACAUGAAGUGAAUGUUACAAUACUCAGCCUAUACCAUAGCGCGUGCGACGUUUGAAAAUAGAAUAUAUUAUAUAUAUAACAUAUCUGUCGUUCAUACCUUGUACUAGUAAGAUUCACCUGUUUAACAGUCUACCGACCUAAAAUUCAUCCAGAUUAAGAGGCCACGCGAGGAAAACUAUAUAACCCUUUUAACCAAAUACGUCGUUAGGGCUGGAUCUCUCUGUCUUGCAAAUAUCAAACGUGUCUGUCUGUGUCACAACUGGUAAUUUAUAUUCCCUGCUGG